CACGAACGGGACCUCUGAACGAAAUACAAGAGAAGAUGCGGUAACCAGUGAUAAAAAUGGGACUGAUGGUGAGGGUGAAUCAGAAGGUUCAUUCGAAAUUGGUCGUCACCGUUUAGAUAAUUUAACAGAAGUCAUUUUAGGUGGUAGGAAUAAUAAUGAUGGAUCUGAUGACGAUUUAGAUGAUGAACAAGAAAAUGAUGGAUUGGAAGAAAGCGAGCUGGAUGAAAGUGAAUCGGAAGUCGGAUAUUUUGAUAGAACACGUGAACCAGUAGGAAAUCAAGUGUCAAAUGGUUCGUCAUCAUCACUGUCGCAAAGUCAAAAUUCUGGUGAGGUCGAAGAUGAAUUAUUUGAUGAUGAUGAACAACAUGAUCUUUUCGAUCCACCAAAUGAUGAUGAUAAUGAAUCCUAUGAAGAAUCAGAUGAUGAAAUUGAUUGGCAUCUAGAAUUCUACAUUGAUGACCAGCGUAUAAAUUUUGAUUCUACAUUAUUUGAGGUUAUUUAUCGGCAUUUGCUACGAACCAACGUCGAACAAUCAAAAGAAAAAUUUUGGAAUAACGAUGAUGAAUAUAUAAUUAAAUUCAAAAAAGUAGUAUCUGCUUUUCCACCAUUCCCAGAUCACUAUGUUCCUAUCAAAUUAGGGACUGGGAAUGAUGCCUAUGUAGAGCUUGUCACGAGAUUUAUGGCAAUCCUUCAUUCUAUUUACUCAGAUGCUGUUUCAGUUGAUAAAUAUGAUCCUAGUCCGUUCGUGUCACAAGAGCUAGAAACACAUAUUGAUAUCGUUGUAAACCCGGUAUCUAUUUUGACGCGAGUUUUUCCUGACGCGUUUCUCAAGAUUUGUUCAGAG